UCCUCAAAAGUGAAUAUCUCUGGUAGAAGGAAGUAGCCAGUUCGAUAGCAACAGCGUCAGAAUACCCGUAUCCAGCAGAAAUCAGAUCUCUCUCGCGACUCCUCAUAAAUCGGGUGAAACGACCAACAAGUUGGUGGAAAAUAUAAAUUAAAAAUGUACUUAAAAGUUGUUUACGUUACAUUAGUCCUUGCAUUGGUAGCUGCAACAAGAGUUGCGAGCGCAGAUGAUGGAUGUGCUGAACUCGCUUGUGACACUUGUGUCGGUGACUGUCAAUGGUUGAACUGCACAUAUCGCCUAUUAGAUAUGAACUCAGCAAAUCUGAAAGCUCACAGACUUACUAUGGAGGUGGCAGUUCUAAAGUACACUACAGACCCAGCUCACUGUGUUAGAGAAACUCCAACUGUCUCCAAUGUUUCCUGUGUCAACAUCACGUCCAUAAAUAGUCUGAACAUGACCGUGGGCAAGUGCUCUAAUGAAACCUGCUCAGUUGUAACUGACAUCCCUGCCCCACCCACAAUCUCCCACUCUCCUACCACUGCUGCUCCAGUUACCCAUAUGGCCAGCAAUGCAACUAACAGCAGCACCACUGAGCCUGAGCCCACCCCAGCUGACCUGACCACUGCAGUACCAACUGCCCUGCCCGCCACUAACGGUACCGUUCCAGUCUCUGCCGCAACGCAUGCUUCAAACGUCAGUGUCACCACCGCAUCACCUGUGGGGCCCUCUCCAGCGCCUCAUAAGAAUUCCACAUUUGACGCAGCGAGCUUCAUUGCAGGCAUAGUGCUGGUCUUGGGCCUGCAGGCCGUGGUCUUCUUCCUCUACAAGUUCUGCAAGUCCAAGGACCGCAACUACCACACCCUCUGAAGAACCUACUUCCACCAACCACAAUACCUACUCUGGGGCCCACUAUGAACACCCAAACCCGAACCCCUGGCCAUUGUGAUUAUCACAGUGUUUCCGAUCAGUGUUUUUCCCAAAAGCCUAAUGCCAUUGCGGUGCCAACCUGUGGUUUAGGCCUGUAGCUUAAAUACACACAAGGUUAUAAACUGUACACACCCACAAGUGCGCCACAUCUUUUACUGUACGUAGUUUGCUGCACAUUUCUCACAACCUGGUGCAGCUGAAGUGAACUCCAGCGCAGUGGCAUUUGAGCCUUCAACAGAGGAUUACAUCACUAUGCAGUGAGUCAUUGUGGCUAUUCUCCUGUGUGCUGACUGGAUGAAAAGCAGACUUGUUUACUGCUUCACUCCCCUGGCCCUUCAUCUUAAUGUUUUACCUGCCUGGCCUGUCAUUAAUAGACCCAAUAGUAAUUUAUGUAAACUUUCAAUUCUGCUGGUGUAUAGUGGGGCUGCCACAGCGUUGGAGUACUAGCUUGUUCAUGCACCUUGGUAACGCUUUGGAAACACUGUUUGAUUGAGGUCCCCUCCCCCUUUCUUUUUUGGAACUAGAUGACUGGAUGAUAUAGCAUAGCUUUUUUUCUUGUUUGUCAUGGGACAGAACUGGGUAGGUGUUUUCACAACUCCUUUAUGAAGAGUUUGUAUUCAUCUGAUGGCAGAGAUGCCUGGUAAAGUAAGAAUAAAAGGAACUAUAAGCAAUGGUCCAUCCUCUAAGCAGGGCCUUAGUGUGACCACUUUACUCACAUAUGUGUGUAAAUAUUUUGCUGUGUGAACUGGAUUUUUAAAAAUGUAUUUAGGAGCACCAAUGCACUUAGGAAAAAUUAUGAUUCUAGCUUUAUUACCUCAAAUAAUUAGCAUUGUGCUAUUACAUUUCUUUGUGUGCCUACAUUUUUCAACUUAGGUGCACACAAAAAAGUCAGCGUAGAGCCCUGCUUAAGUAGAUGCCCCGUCUUAAGUGGAGGAUGAGUUAGGCUCUCCUGGUGUUAAGACUCAGUGCUGUGUGUGCGUUUGGCAAACACUACACACUGCCAAAAGAGCAGCUCAAUGCAAUAAACCCAAGUCAACCCCUAAUUUCUACAACCCCCCCCCCCACAAAUCUUUACCGACUUCAGCCAAACAGAUUGCAGUGAUGAGUUGGACCACUAGACUGGAGAUGACCCCUUGACCCACCACCUUCCUUUAACAGGAAGGAGAUCACAAUGAGCCAAGUCUUUAGGACACGGUUGAAGGGGUUGACAGAUAAAAUAUUGUGGUAAAUAUAUGGGAGUGAUAAAUCAAUCAGAAGUAUAAAUUAUUGAGUUGGAAGAAGAUAAGACGGCAUGCACCUUGAUGCUGACAGUAUUGGAAGCAAAGUGCCUUGAAUGUUAAAUGUCUGUUACUUAAAGUGGGGGGAAUGGGGGAGAUUUAUGAUGAUGCUCCUCUUCCUCCUGGCUGAGGCUUGAUUGUCGUGAAGUAAAAGCAAUCUGGACACAGGACAGGAGCAGUAUCGCUAGAACAGAAACACAGUUGGCCUCCGUUCCAUUUUAAUUCAGCCAACCCAGGUAGUAAACUGAAAUUCCACAUUUUCCUCAUAGAAAAUGAUUGGGAGUGAUUUACAUUUCAGUUGACUUUAUGAAUUGAAAUGGAAUUGAGCCCAACCCUGAGAACCCUAGUAUCCCAGCUGUACUGAAGAGCCUUUUAUUAUUGAAGAGUAGAUAGAUACAGUAGUUGCUCAUCGUGGUUUUGGAUGGAUGAAUGAAUGAAGACCCAUUAGGUUUAAAUUGAUUUAGAAUGGCUUUGGUUGAAAAGUGACCCCUAUGCAGACUGAAUAUAUUUUGUUUCAUUAAAUGUAGGGCCUAAGUUCCACACAGCUCCCUAAUGCUAGUUCCCCCUCAUAUUGUACACACACGUUCUAAUGACCUGUGUUUUUGAAAAUAGUAACGGUGGAAAGGCAUUUAUAGGUAACACUUGCAUGAAUGAGGGAUACAGUAUAUUGAAAGCAGGUGCUUCCACACAGGUGUGGUUCCUUGGUUAAAAAAAGCGAUUAACAGCUCAUCAUGAUUAGGGUCAUGUAUUAAAAAUGCCCAGUUGCCCAUUAUUUUGACUACCAUUGCUAGGAAGAAGAGAUCUCUGACUUUGAUAGAGGGGUCUCAAAGGAGCAUAGGAGGUUUAAACGGUGUCUCUCACAGGAGGUUGGUGACACCUUAAUUGAGGAGGAUGGGCUCGUAGUGGUUGGAGCGGAAUCGGUAUAUAGUAUCACAUCUCAAACAUGGUUUGAUGCCAUUCGCGCCGUUCCAGCCAUUAUUAUUAUGAGCUGUCCUCCCCAGGCAGUUAUUUUAAGCUUAGUUAGUAAAUUUAUGUUUUCUGGAGUCAUGCAUAAAUUGGAUAGAGUUUUGAAAGUGUCAAAUAACUGACUUAAUAACUGGUCCCUGAACUUAAGUGACUUUUAAUGUUGAGACAUUGUCCUUUGCAUUUUGGGAGUUUUCUUUUCUCCUAUUGAGGCACUUUUUUUUUAAAUUUUUUUUUAAUGUAGUGCCAAGGAGAUGAGAUGGGUGUUGAACUACAGAAAAGCAGUGACUAAAUUUCCCAAGUUUAGAGUGCAAACAGUAUGGGUCUAGUUCUUUGAUUUAGCUUGCUGCUAAUAGUGUGACUUUGUCCCCUUUGUACAUAGAGCUAUCAUGUCAUUUAGUUGAUUUACCUUAAAGGGUUGAACUUUCAAUCCCGUAAAGGCAAGAUUGAGUAUUCUUUGAGUUUUUUUCAGUAGCAUUCACUUGCAAUGGCUUCUUUUUUUUCCUGCAUUAAUGCAUGUCUAACAAAUGGAAAUGUAAUAUUUUCUGUUGAAUUAUGCUAUUGGGGCUUCAGACACUUAAAAGAAAAAGAACCACUUGAUUAAUUUGUCAAACAAUUUGGUAGAGAAGAGUAUGCCUGAACAAUGUGUUAAUGUCGAAGUUCUCAGUCUUAGCAUGGAAAAUGGAGUGCGACACUGACGGUUUUAUUUUGUACUUUUUGCCUUCCUGUUGCUGCCAAAAAUGUAUGAAUGCUUGUGAGAACUCUUAGCUCAAUAUUUUCAUAAUUCUGCCCCCCCCCCCCAACUAUGGCAAGUCAGAUGUACAAAUCUAGUUUUGCUUUGUCUGCAUUCACAGUAUGCUGAACAUUAGGUCCUCUACUCUCACUCACACAAAGGAAUGUUAAUGGCCAAAUGUCAGGUGAAGUUAACUGAUACGCAUUUGUGAAUCCAUAGAGCAUUCUGAGUGUUACUUCACCAUUAUUUCUCCUUUUGCCAUGGUCUUAAGGACAAUGUGAUUUAAACUGUCUGCAUGCUGCAGGAACACACAAUGUAGCAGUGAGUAUUUUCUUUCAGUGUUUGUCACAGGACAUUGCCGUACCCAUAGCAACUGAUACAAAUAUUCUGAUCCAUUUUGUUUUUUAUUCAGCUCGGGCAAACUAAGUCACAUGGCCCGGCCCCUCUCCAUGCACCUUUUCAAGAAAAGUGCCUUACUCAGUUGAACAUAAAUUAAGACUUGUAUUUUUGUCAUAACUUGAUAGUACACCCAGUAGAUAUUAAAGGGACUCCACACUUCCAGACCCCUUGUAAAGAUUCAAUCAAAGAUGCUUUGAGUGGUGAGCGCAGCUUUAAAUUUAUUUGUUUUCUCAGUCACGCUCGACUUUGGGAGCUUAAACCAGACACAAGAAUGGGUCAGCUGGCCAGAUUCACAGGCAUGUACAAUUGUUGUUCCAUGACUUGGCUACAUUCCAACAUGGAAUUCAAUUUACAUUCUUGACCUGAGAAUGUAGCUGUCUUUGGAACAAUGGCACCCAUUACUAUUGUACAUCUCAAUCCCAGUUUGCUGAUUACAUGUCUAUGGCUCUGGGGGCAGCCACCAUUUUCUGUGUGAAGCUCUGAAGCUUAUGUUUAUAGAGCUUUAAAAAUUGAGUUUUUGUUUGUUGCUUUCUAACAAUGUCCAUAUGUCACCUUGAUUUUAGUCCAGUUAAAUAAGAGGUUCUAGGUCUUAUGGAAUGAUUCUUCUGCGUUGCUCUCAUGUGCACAAAGAUGCAGAUGAAUAUGUACAGUUGCUGUUAUAUUUAGCCAUGAUGCCUGCUACUCUGUUUUAUGCUUGUUUUAUAUCCAUUUAGCCUGGAACUUGAUUUGCCUUGUUUUCUUUUAUUAGUUUUGCCAUUAGCUUGAAGAUGUUAAAUUCAAUAAAGUUUGAAUAUUGUUGAA